AAUUUAUUUUUUUUAGCUAGACCUAAUAAUAUAUGCUAUAUAUAUAUAUAUGUAUAUGUAUAUAUAUAAUAUAAUUGCAUAUCUAGAGCACAGUUUGGAUCCCAGUUCAACAUAACUGUGUCUGGAUACAGUGAUCUUCAUCCUGGAUGAUAGCAGGAAUCUUUUAUUCUCACUUCCCUCCAAUGAAGGAGAGCCAACAGUAGGUGAAAGGAGCAUCCACUGGACAGACAAAUGGACGCUCCGGUCACAUGCACUUUAUUGCUGCUAGUGGGUUUGGUAAUGUUGGGCGUGGAGGGCCGUGAAGGGGCCUUUCAUCCUGACAGCUCCAAAAGCGAGGGUGCCCAGAAACGCCCGUCGCGCUCCUCCGACUCGAAGGCGGGCCGCUGCUCUUACACCUUCAUCGUACCCCAGCAGAAGCUGAAGGGGGCGCUGUGUGUGAGCACAGAGAGCGCGAGAGCUAACAGCUCGGAGACGGCCGCCCUGCGCACCCUGCUGGUCCGCCAGCAGGAGCAGCUGGAUUUGCUGCACAGGCGUCUGGAGCAGGAGGGGUCGCUGGCGAGCGAGGUUAGAGUGUUGCGGAGAGAGAGCAGCAGCAUGAACGCGAGGAUCACCCAACUGUACGCCCAGCUACUGAACGAGAUCCUGCACAAGCAGGAGCAGGCGAAGGAGCAGCGGCGUCUGGAGGGUCUGCUGCUCAACGCAACCUCACAGCUGUUACAGAUGUCCAAAAACUACAGAGAUCUAGAGAGGAAAUACGAAGCCCUUGCCUCUACUGUGAGCAACCAGAGUCAGAUAAUGACACACCUGGAGGAACACUGCCAGCUCUGCGACAUCGCCAAAGCACAGCAGGAUGCUGCAUCAUCAGCAGUUAAUGCGUCUGCCAGCAGCCCUGAGCCUAAACCCAUGGUCAGCUACAUCCAAAGAGACCAGAGUGCCACCCAGAACCAGGAGGAAACACUGCAGGAGGUUCAGGAGUUCUUCACGCCCUCGUCAGAUCUUUCCACAGAAGCACCAUUCAUCAGUUACCCUGUCACUAAAACCCCAGGUCCAUGGCAGGACUGCCAGCAUGUUCUUGACUCGGGUGAAAGCACAAGCGGCAUUUACCUGCUACGUCCACGCCAGUCCAACCGCCUGCUGCAGGCGUGGUGUGAGCACGGGCGAGCUCUCGGCGGCUGGACCGUCAUCCAGAGGAGACAGGACGGCUCGGUAAACUUCUUCAGGAACUGGGAGCAGUACAAGCAAGGUUUUGGGAAUCUGGACGGCGAGUACUGGCUGGGUCUGGAGCACCUGUACUGGCUGACCUCUCAGGCCACCUAUAAGCUCAGAGUGGUUAUGGAGGACUGGCAGGGACGGCAGGUAUUUGCUGAGUAUGACAGCUUCAGGGUGGAGCCCGAGAGUGACUGGUAUCGCCUGAGGCUGGGAAACUACCAAGGAAACGCUGGUGACUCUCUAUCAUGGCACAGCAACAAAGCUUUCACCACUCUUGACCGUGACAAGGAUGCCUACUCAGGUAACUGUGCCCAUUACCAGAAGGGUGGUUGGUGGUACCACAUGUGUGCCCACUCUAACCUGAAUGGGGUGUGGUACAGAGGGGGGCAUUACCGAAGCCGCUACCAGGAUGGAGUCUACUGGGCCGAGUUCCACGGUGGCUCAUACUCUCUUAAGAAGGUCAUGAUGAUGAUCAAGGCCAUUUGAUGAGAACAAAAGUUGGAGAGAUGGACAAAGUGCCAGUGGAAAGUACCAGGAGGGACGUUUUUUAUGUGGAUACGGGACAGAUAUGGCAAUAAAAGGUUGAAAAUCUUCAAAAAACUGGGUUCUAUUAUGUUUGUUGGACCUGAAGUUUCCUUUUUUAUUAAAAAAAAUGAUUUUAA